GUAAUUAAAAUGUCAUUUUCGCGUGGCCCACAUACAUUUCAAGUAUCUACUAAAUUAUUUGAAUUAAAUAGACAACGUUUAGUGAAUGAAUUAUUAAAAAAUGUUGACCAAAAUAUUAAAGGAAAUUAUGUCCUAUUAGAAGGUGGUUGUGAAAAUACUCGUUAUAAUACUGAUGCGGAUGAAAUUGCUUUUAGACAGGUUAAAAUCGUAGCAGUUCAGUUCCCGUCCCUAUAA